GUUGGAUGCAGAGCCAACAAUGGCGGAAUCAAGCUCCAAACGACAAAAAACAGAAGAAAACGCAGAAGAAAGUGAGAGUGAUAGGUUGAGUAAUUUACCUGAUUCUGUGCUCUGCCACAUCCUAUCAUUUCUCCCAACCAAAACGUGCGUGACAACAAGCGUGUUGUCUCGCAGGUGGCGCCACCUUUGGGAGCAUCUUCAAGUCUUAGACUUAUACGAUGAUUCACAUAUUUUCUAUCACCACAUUGAAUUGUUCAAACGCUUUGCCGUUUUUGUCAAUGCCGUUUUCACUCUCCGCAGGGCUCACAGCAUUCGGAAGUUUCGUCUCUCGUGUGGCCACUCUCAAAACGACACUUUCUAUGCACACUCCGUCGCCACGUGGGUCCGCGCCGCCAUUGGACCCUACCUUGAAGACCUCUGCCUCACUCUCUAUUCCACCGAUGGACAUGGCUUCGUUGUUCCUCCUUCGCUCUUCACAUGCACCAAUCUUGUUUCCCUCUCUUUGUGCGGUGGAAUUCACCUUCAGAACCGAAACCCUAAUUCGGUUAUUCGGUUACCGUCGUUGAAGACGUUGCAACUCGACAUUGACUCAGUGGAUUGCAUUGACACCUUGCUCUCUGGUUGCCCUGUUCUUGAGACUCUGCAUUUGUCGUUUGCUCCUCAAUGCUUGACAAAAAUUUGUGUGCCUCGUUCGUUGAAGAGGUUGAAAUAUGCGGUUGAGAAUAACGUUGAAAUUUUCCUUGAACUUCACGCGCCGGCUCUUGAGUUUCUCAGCAUCGUUCAAAGGACGAGAAGCUUCCCUUGUUCGAUUGGGAAUUUGGACAAUGUGGUGGAAGCGUAUCUUGACGUCUAUGUGACGGAUGAAUCUGCUGAACCUUUGUUUAAGCUUCUUAAAGCUCUUUCUGGGUUGAAGUAUUUGGUGAUGCGUAAUUCAACAAUGAAGUGGCUACUUCGUGGCCCUAAUCUAGAUUUGCCCGAUUUUCGCUAUUUACUCCAUUUAGAGCUUGUUCUUCCGUGUUUCAACUCGGGGUUUUUGAUGAAUUUGCUUAACAAGUGUCAUAUGCUUCAAGUUCUUAUAAUUCAGAAUGAGAAGGAUUCAUUGUUUUCAAGAAAUUGGCCACAGCCAACUAGUGGUCCUAAUUGUGUGGGAACUCACCUUACCUUUGUUCAAGUUAAAGGAUUCCAAGGAUUUGCAGAUGAACUAGCAUUUGUUACAUAUGUUCUACGCAGAGGACGUGUUUUGAGGACGAUGAUUGUUUAUGCAGAUAUGAUGUUGGAUCUAAGUCAUAAGUAUCGUAUUCUCAAAUUUUUAUCUGGUGUACCAAGAGCUUCUACCAAGUGCCAACUUAAUUUUGACUGAGCUGUUUCUCCAACUGAGGUGUGAACUCCACCAUCUUGAUUCUACUGAGCUUA